AAUCUGAAAAUUUAAUAUCACCUUUAUGUUUUUCUUCUUACAAUUUUGUCGAUUUAUGGGGUACUAACAAUCAGAUUAUUGUUGUUUUUUCUCGGCGGAAAAUCAGAUCUUUUAUAUUUGGUUUAGAAUGGUUUCUGAUUGUCUGUUUUCCACUUAUGUAUGACGUGUUUAUUUUGAAGAAAUUGAGUCAACUAUACAAGGGGUAUCCCGAAUUUCGGGGUCCUAUUGUCUUGUUCCAUGCUGAUACACAAAAAUUGACAAUUUUAAUUAUGUUCCUCCAAAAAAGUGUUUACUUAUUCAUUCUCUACUUGAAUUUUAUUUUGGUUGUAUUCCAUUUCCAGUUUAUCAGCUACCGGAUUUUUUUUAUUAGUUUGCAGUUUGGAUUGGCUUUGUCUCUUGUGAGUUAUUGUAAUUGUAAAAGCUUAGAAUAAAUAAUCUUUAGCUGGUAAUAAAUCUUAACAUAGGUUUUUUUUCAUAAACCAAAAAGAAAAAAAACUUUUUUAAUUCUAUUUUGUUUGGUGGUCAAAAGAUUGUGCAUGUAUUAAUUGAUUACACUCACUAUACGGUCAGAGUGGUAAACCCCUAGCUAUAUCGAGUACUAACAGUAUGCAAUGUCCAGGUUGUUGCAUAGAGAGAAAAUGAAUGAACAAGGUGAUGAUUUUGAUGCGGUUGGAAACAUUCCAAAUCCAAGCGGAGCUGAAAAUGGUGAGAGUGAUCAAGAUGGUGGAAGGAUGAGGCGAGCCCAUAGGCACACUGCUUAUCAGACUCAAGAACUUGAAAAUUUCUACUUGGAAAAUCCUCUUCCUACUGAGGAUCAGAGGUACGAACUUGGACAAAGGCUUAAUAUGGAGCCUAAGCAAGUCAAGUUUUGGUUUCAGAACAAAAGAAACCAGAUUAAGAUCAAUAGUGACCGCCUUGAGAAUAUAACUCUUAGAGAAGACCAUGACAGAUUGCUACUAACUCAGCAUCAGCUUAGAAGCGCAAUGCUACAUUGUUCAUGCAACAUUUGUGGUAGGGCAACUAAUUGCGGAGACAUUGACUAUGAGGUGCAAAAACUUAUCGUUGAGAAUACUAUAUUGGAGCGGGAGAUAAACCAGUUGUAUUCCAAAAUCCCUUCCCGUCCCAAUCAAAUGCUGGUUAGUCCAUCCCAACCGCCGCAUUGUUCUUCCUCUAAUCCAGGAAUAAAUGCAACACCAGAACUUGGUUUGGGUGGUGGAACUAGGACGACUGAGAAGGAGAGAUCAAUGUUUUUGGAUCUUGCCAUUAAGGCUUUGAAAGAGUUGCUUGAAUUGGGAGAAAUGGACUGUCCAUUUGGGAAGAUAGAUUCAAGAAGCUCUAAAGCAGUAUCAUUGAUCAAUGAGAAGUAUAAAAAUGCUUCCAACAAUGUCACAAAACCUCCCGGGCAUGUUGUGGAGGCUUCAAGAGAGAUAGGUUUAGUUCCCAUGACUUGCUUGACUCUGGUCAAGACUUUUAUGGACACGGAAAAAUGGGUCAACGUGUUUGCACCUAUUGUGCCUGUGGCAUCAACCCGUAAAGUGAUACCUACCGGUUCUGGUGGAACCAAAAGUGGCUCACUCCAACUGAUUCAAGCAGAAUUUCAAGUAAUUUCUCCCCUGGUACCAAAGAGACAAGUAACGUUUCUAAGAUACUGCAAAGAGCUCAGACACGGCUUAUGGGUGGUCGUCGACGUUACUCCUGAUCAAAAUCCGACUUUGCUGUCUGAUGGUGGUUCUAUUAAUAGGCUACCCUCAGGCCUUUUCAUAGAGGACAUGGCCAAUGGGUACUCCCAGGUUACAUGGAUUGAACAAGCGGAAUAUAAUGAGAGUCACAUCCACCCACUCUACCAGCCUUUGAUAGGCUCUGGGAUCGGGCUAGGCGCAACGAGAUGGCUGGCGACGCUGCAGAGACACUGCGAAAGCCUCUCGACCCUUUCAUCUACCAACUUAGCUGAAAUUAGCCCAGGAUUGUCUGCAAAAGGUGCAUCUGAAGUAGUGAAGCUAGCACAGCGAAUGACUCUCAACUACUACACAGGUAUCACGAGUUCUUCGGGGAACAAGUGGGAGAAAAUCCAGGUAGAGAAUGUGGUACAAAACAUGAGUUUCAUGAUCCGAAAGAACGUGAAUGAGCCUGGUGAGCCUACUGGGAUUUUGCUGAGUGCAGCCACUUCUGUUUGGUUCCCAGUGAAACAGAAAGCACUUUUUGCUUUCCUUAGCAACCCAAGUUUCAGACACGUGUGGGAUACCUUGACCCAUAAUGCUACCAUGGAAGAAACAAUCCGGAUUCAAAAAGCAAAACGCCAUGGAAACAUCAUCUCUCUUCUUAAAUUCGCUGGGAAUGGUAUGCUAGUUCUGCAAGAGAUUUGGAAUGAUGCAUCGGGUGCAAUGGUGGUUUAUUCACCAGUGGAAACCAAUCCAAUUGAGUGGGUCAAGAGAGGUGGAGACUCAGAUUAUGUGCAGCUUCUUCCUUCGGGAUUUUCGAUAAUGCCAGACGGAGUACCUGAUCGUAAAGGAAAAAGCAAAACUGGUGGUGGUGGAGGAUGUCUACUGACAUUUGGACUUCAGCUCUUGUUUAGCAGUAAUCCAACUGCGGAACUCCCUCAAGGUUAUGUCAAAAAUGUUGAGGUUCUCAUGGUUCACACUAUUGGCAAGAUCAAAUCCGCGUUACAUAUAUAUACAUAAACAUCGAUCGGCGUCUCCAGUUUCUGUUUUUCGACAUUGGCAUGUGCCAUAGUUUGCUUUUCCAAUCAAGACUCCUCCGGAUUUAAGGUUUUAUGUGUUUGUUGAACUGUUAUUCUGUUUCAUGGGAUACUCUUGUUUCCUUUCUUCUCUCUUUUUCUCAAAGUCUCAGAUUGUUACAAACCAGAAUAUUUUAAGACAGUUAAAACUUAUAUUUGGUUUGUCUGUA